CAGAGCACCUAAAAAAUUCACCCUCAACCCUGACACCAAAUUUCUGGAUAAUGUAGACGUUGUGGGGGUACAUCUUGUGAAUGACUUUGACCUGGUUCGUGAAAUGCAAGUGCGUUUGGGAAAAUUCGCCAAAGGUCAGACUGAUAUUUCCCUGUAAUGUGGCCCGUCUCCUUGUCGACGGAGAAUGUCCACUCGCUUGCAUCGGAGCCUUACGUGGUGGCACCCAAACCAUCCGGACCGCGAUUUCUGCUUUACAUUGAUCAUUCCGGGGAUAAUUUCCUGGAGAAUAUGACGCAACACAUUUUUCGUGUUGACGAAGAUCACGCCAUUAAGAUAGAAACGUUUGACGGGAGACCUGUCACUGACACUGUUCUCGAUGGGAUCAUUACAAGCGAAAAAUUCAAUGGUGCUGAUGCCAGUUGCGAAGGAAAUAAGGAAGAAGGAACUAACAGAAAAUUGACGUUUUUAAUUCGCGACGCAAUCAGAUGCAACGGAAAGGAUCUGACUAACUAUAACAUUCUCAAACGAAUCACUUUUGUCAGGGAGGAGAUCUUGAUACCGAGUUGUGCCGGUGUGAAAAAGAACGAGGCAUUUGAUUUGGAUAUUGUCAAGUAUGAGGAAGCGUAUCAGACUGAAAAUUAUUUGUCUGAUGAAUACGCCCAGCGUUUCAAAUAUCCGUUUCGUUCGCUCAUGUUCUGCCCACGAGCAAAGGGCUACAAAUGCGGAACCAACUACGACGUCUUUCAAUGGCAGGAAAAUGAUGUUCAGGAAUGCAGUUUUCGACUAAAAAUUCCGAAAGGAAUUAAAGAUUUAAAAAUAGCCGAGCUUCAUGCAGGGGGUCCUAAUCUCUCUGAAAUCAAAUACGACACGAUUAGACUGACGGAAGAAAUUAAAACACUGGACGGAUGCAUCAUUGAUUGUCGCUACUUUGAACACCAAUGGAUCUUCAUCAAGCAGCGCCAUGACCGCAAUCAUCCCAAUGGAAGGCGCGCAGUUAUGGAGAAAAUGGCAGCGCUUGAAAAAUCCGUUUCUCGCGAUCUUCUCCUGACAAAUCUGGAAAAAUCUAGAGGUUUGGAAUGAAAUUGUUUGCUUGUCACCAGUUUUUCCAGCAAUGAAGUCCGAUUUGUGUAGAUGUAUUCGUAGUCUAGUAAUAGAACUUUUAACCAUC